AAUUAUUAAACCAAAAUAUUAUAAUGGAAUUCAAAGUAUCAGCACCUGGUAAGCUCAUUUUAUAUGGAGAACAUGCAGUAGUUUAUCAAAAAACAGCUGUAGCUGGAGCUCUAGAUUUACGCACAACAUUGACCUUCAAAGAAUUACCUCAAAGCGAUUCAAUGAUUCACUUAGACUUACCUACAGUGCAAUCAGAUUUGUAUAUUCCACUUUUACAAAUUCUUGAAUAUUUUUCAGUGAAAGAGUGUCCAAAAGCUAUUGAAAAUCAAGACCAAUUUUAUCAAUAUAUCAAAGACUUUGUUGAUACUCUAGAGAGUAAAAACAAUCUUCAAAAAUUAGCACUAGAAGCUGUGAUGUACGUACUAAUAUCAAUGAGUCAGAAUGAAAACCUAGUGAUUCAGCCAUUUAAGAUAACAAUCACCACUGAAUUAGCAGUGAGUGCUGGUCUAGGAAGUUCAGCAUCAUUUUCCGUUUGUAUAUCAGCAGCUUUUCUGAACUGGGCAUAUCACCAGAAUGAUAAAAAACUGGUUUUAGAUGUUGAUACUCUAACUAUCAUAUCACAGUAUGCUUUUAAAUGUGAAAAAAUUAUGCAUGGAUCACCUUCAGGUGUUGAUAACUCUGUAUGUACUUACGGUUCUAUUAUUAAAUUUAAAAACACGGAAUUGACACCACUGAUCGGAGUUAAAAGCAUGAAAGUCUUGUUGGUUGAUACAAAGGUUUCUAGAAGUACGAAAGUGUUGGUAGAAAAAGUAGCAUCAUUGAAACGAGAACUUCCUAUGGUUUAUGAUCCGAUUCUUGAUGCUAUGGACAGUAUUGCUAACAAUGCGCUAUCAGUUAUUGAACAAAUACGUGAUUUAGAUACAGAAGAGUCGGAGGUAGCUGUACGAGGGUGCUAUGAACGACUUAUGACUUUGAUAAAUAUUAAUCAAUCAUUGCUGAGUGCUUGCCAAGUUUCUCAUCCAGCACUAGAUGAUAUCUGUGCUGAAGCUAGAAAACAUGGUCUUGCUGCUAAGCUUACUGGUGCUGGAGGCGGUGGAUAUGCGUAUGUUUUAUUGUUGCCUGACACUUCUGAUGACGUUGUUGAUCAUCUUGUGCACGUUCUUACGGAGCGUGGGUUUGGCGUCACUUUGACUUAUCUAGGUGGCGCUGGAGUACAUAUUCAUGGGUAAUUCAAGUAGCUGGGCGGCGCUAGGGUGCAAAUUUAUGUGGAGGAGUUCUGUUAGAUUAAAUAAGGCGCACAAAUGAAGUGCAUUAUUGUUGAAAUAUGGCUGACUGUGUUAAGAUCAUAAGGGUUUUAGAUUGGUGCUGAAUCAUGGCGUCUAAAUGCCGAAUUUUUUUUUGAAGGAUUUUUAAUUUAUAUUGGGAAUUAAACGUACUUGACGAUGCUUUAUAAGAAUUUUAGAUUUAUUCCACUUUGUUAUGAUUGUUAAUAUUAAUUUAAUCAAUUUUUUUAUUGAUUCCAAUUAUUUAUUACAAUAUUUUAUUUAUUAAUGACUUAAUAUAUUUUUUUAUUAAUACAUCAAUCGGUUCUUAUUUUUAUCGAUAUUGGGAAUGUUUUAAACAAUUGCGGGAAUAUUGUUAUUAACUAACUUAGCUAGAAUUUUUGUGAUGAAUUUUAAAGCUUUGGUGAUGU